GUUCCCAGGCAAUAAGCCCAACGCACACAAAUGCGAUCUGCCAUCGCUGUCAAACGUGUGCCGCUUGUCAGAAUGUGUUCCAUAUCAUAAUUACAGUGUUUAUUUGUGUUUAAUGUGAAAAAGCGUUGAAAAUAUCCAAGAUGAAUAUAAAAGCAGCUUUAGCGAUUGUCAUGGUAUUUGUUGGAUGCUGUUCCAAUGUAGUAUUUUUGGAAUUGCUUGUUAAGGAAGAUCCAGGAGCCGGCAACUUAGCCACUUUUCUACAGUUCCUAUUCAUUGCUACCGUUGGAUUCUGCACAGUCGGGAAGUUCGGCUUUGCUAAACGAAACAUUCCAUUCAAACAAUAUCUUCUCCUCGUGGGUUUCUUUUGGACAAGCAGCGUCACAAACAAUUAUGCAUUUGAAUUCAACAUAUCUAUGCCGUUACACAUGAUAUUCAGAGCUGGGUCCUUAAUGGCGAACAUGGCUAUGGGAGUUUGGAUAUUGAAGAAAAAAUACUCACCUCUUAAAUAUCUUGCCAUUUUCAUGAUUUCAGCUGGUAUUUCUAUAUGUACUAUACAGUCAAGUGGAGAUGUUAAGGCACAAAGAGAAACACAUGCAGAUGCUGCUGAAGAAGAGAAAUUGAAGUUUAUUGACUGGCUCUGGUGGUGUCUGGGCAUAGCCAUCCUAACCUUCGCCCUAUUUGUCUCAGCUAGAAUGGGAAUAUUCCAGGAAUCACUGUAUUCAAAACACGGAAAACAUCCCUGGGAAGCAUUGUAUUACACACAUUUAAUGCCAUUAGUAAUUUGGAUACCGACAGCUCCGAAUCUGAUCAACCACGUCCAAAUAGCAAUGAAUACACCUGAAGUAGAUUUCUUAGGGUUUAUUUUACCUAGGCAGAUUCUAUGGAUGAUCCUUUAUGUUCUGACUCAGGGUUUGUGCAUUAGUGCCGUUUAUGUUCUGACCACAGAAUGCGCUUCACUGAUUGUCACAUUAACCGUCACUCUUAGGAAAUUUGUUUCGUUAUUGUUUUCAAUUUUAUACUUCAGGAAUCCAUUCACUUUCGGUCACUGGAUGGGUACAUGCCUAGUCUUUAUUGGUACAAUGAUAUUUACCGAACUACUACAGAAAUGCAUUCUCAUGUUCCUGCCAAAGGAUAAGAAGAAGGUGCAGUAAGAUUAUGAUAGUGUGACGCUGAGUGUUUCUAUGGAUACCCGAUAAACUAUUUAUCAAAUUCCAUUUUAUAGCGAACAAUAAAGUUAAUGAUGCCCAUGUUUUUUAAUUCCUUAGCAAAUAAGGUUGCUUAAAUGUACUAUAUACUGUAGCUACCGUUCAAAUUGUUUGUGAUGUAUAUUAUAAUUUUUUAAUAUUUCAUAUGUAAUUAUUUUAUCAGGCAUCUAAGCAUUAUAAAUGAUUGACAAAAUGACAAAUGACCUAACUUUUAUGUAUAUAAUUUAAUUAUAUAUAAAUAUUUAUUCAAUUUUAUUACAAUUAAAAAAAAUUAUGAUGUUGUAUAAUACUUAAGUUACUUACAAUGAUUUAAUCAACAUUUGAUUUGAUUUGGUAGAAAUAUAGGUCUCAAAAUAGCGUAGAUAUAAUAAAAUGUAAUAUUGUAUCUUUUUUUUUUCAGUUAUGACUUUUUAUAUUGUGUUGCCAUUUAAUAAUGUUAGUGCUGGUAUUAUGAUUGUAAAGUACAAUUAUUUAAAAUCCAUUGGGUAUAAUUAUCGUUGUUAUUAUUAUUAUU